UCUAUGCAAUAUAUAUCUUUUGUUAAAGAAAUUUUUGCUACAUAAAAUACGAUUUAAGAUUCUUUACGAGUUAUAAUUCGCAAUUUUGACAAAACAAUUUUUCGAUUUGGUUUACAAGACUUAUUAAAUUAUUCUACAAAAAUCCUCCUAUGUUUUCAAUAAGAAAAGGAGACAAAAAUUUCCAUGGUGGGGUGACGUGGAAUCUUAAAAAAAAAAAUCUAUAUAUAUGCAUGCCGAUGAAUUUGCAAUAAUCCCACAAUACAUAAGUCAAGAAACACAAAAACUUUCUUAUUACAAAAAAAAAAAAAAAAAUAAUAUUGAGUGAUGAUGGCCUGCAGUCUAAAUUAUUCAUUAAUGGUGAUAAUAUUUUUGCUGUAUUCUUCAUCUUCUCUUUUAUUCAUUUCUUCGGAAGCAAGAAAAGAUAGUGCUUCUGCUGCUGCUGCCAUUGAAAUCCAUUACCACACUCUUGAAAUCAGCUCUCUUUUGCCAGCCUCUGUCUGCACUCCUUCCACCAAUUUCAAAGGUUCCAACAAGAGACAAUCAACAUUGGAAGUUCUCCACCAGCAUGGCCCAUGCUCACGUGGCCCAAACAACCCCUCCGCCGCCACAUCACCGCCGCCGCUACUAAGCGAAAUCCUCUCCCACGACCAAAUCCGAGUUGACAAAAUCAACGCCCGAAUCAAACAAACCUCGUACACGAAAAACCAAAUCAAGGGCAAAAAGGUAAAUCUCCCCGUCCAAUCCGGCCGGUCACUCGGCUCGGGAAAUUACAUUGUUACCCUCGGCCUCGGCACACCCCAAAAAACCCUAUCCCUCAUAUUCGACACAGGCAGCGAUCUGACGUGGACUCAAUGCCAGCCGUGCGUCAAAUCUUGCUACCAACAGCAAGAUCCGAUUUUUAACCCUUCCGACUCAACUUCAUACUCCAAUGUAUCUUGCAACUCGCCUCAAUGCUCUCAGCUCUCUGCCGCCACCGGAAACAGCCCCGGCUGCACCAAUGCCGCCACAUGCGUGUACGGCAUUCAAUACGGUGACCAAUCCUUCUCCGUCGGAUUCUUCAGCAAAGACAAACUAACCAUAGCACCGAACGAGGUUUUCCAAGAUUUCCUAUUCGGAUGCGGCCAAAACAACCAGGGGCUUUUCGGUAAUACCGCAGGACUAUUAGGACUCGGAAGGGAUAAACUAUCGAUUAUUUCACAAACGGCACAAAAGUACGGCAAAUACUUCUCGUACUGCCUCCCCUCAACUUCGAGCUCCACCGGCCACUUGACACUCGGCAAAACCGGAAAUUCAAGAAACGUCAAAUUCACCCCUUUCGUCACUAACCAACAAGGGAGUUCGUUUUACUUCAUCAAUAUUGUAUCGAUCAGCGUGGGAGGGCGCCAGCUGGCGAUCAGCGGAUCGGUUUUCAAGGCGGGUGGGACCAUUAUAGACUCGGGGACGGUGAUUUCGCGGAUCCCACCUACCGCGUACAGCGCGCUGAGCGGUGCGUUCAAGAAGAUGAUGGCCAAGUACAAGCGAGCACCGGCUUAUUCGAUACUGGACACGUGCUACGAUCUGAGCGGCUACACGAGCGUGACUGUGCCGACCGUGUCUUUUACAUUCGGAGGCAAUGUGAGGGUCGACUUGGAUCCAUCGGGGAUAAUUGUGGCGGUCGGUGGGACCCGCGUGUGCCUGGCAUUUGCAGGGAAUAGCGACGAUGGUGACGUGGGCAUAUUCGGGAACAGUCAGCAGAAGACAUUGGAGGUGGUGUACGAUGUUGCUGGAGGGAAUCUUGGAUUUGGAUCUGCUGGAUGUAAAUAGAUAAACAGAUUAAUUAUGAGAAAUUAAAUAAUGUAUGGAUGUUUUAAAUUAAGUUAAAUCAGCAACAAAAUCCUAAACCAAAUACAAGACUGUUUCCAUUCAAAAUUCAAAUUAAUUCCUUUUA